AUGCAAGUGGAUAACCAGGUCUCUCCAGGGAAAGUUCCAUACUUUUGUUCCAUUCGUUAUGGAAUUGCUGUCUUCCUGCUCCUCUGUAAUGUUAUAGUAAUGUCACAGCGUGUAUGUAUGAGCCUCACGAUGAUAGCCAUGGUGAACAGCACGGAGCCACAUGGUUUGUCCAACACCUCCACAAAGGAGCUCCAGGAUAACAUAAAGAACCCUGUGUAUAACUGGAGCACUGACAUGCAGGGGAUCAUGUUAAGUUCCAUCUUCUAUGGUAUACUCAUCAGCCAAAUUCCUUCAGGAUAUUUAUCUGGAAUAUACUCUUUAAAGAAAAUGAUUGGUUUUGCAUUAUUUCUCAGCUCUCUAUUUACCCUGCUCCUCCCACUCGCAGCUGAACUUGGAGAAAUUUGGGUCAUUAUAUGCCGAGUAAUCAAGGGAAUGUUCCAGGGGAUAACCUUAACAACUCAGCAAGUAAUAUGGAUCAAGUGGGCUCCUCCCUUGGAACUAACGCGACUUACUUCUCUGAGUAUGUCAGGACUUCUACUAGGACCCUGUGUUGUCCUGCUUAUCACUGGAUUCAUCUGUGACUCCCUGGGAUGGCCCAUGGUCUUUUAUAUUUUUGGUGCUUGUGGCUGCGCCUUAAGUGUUCUCUGGUUCAUUCUGUUUUAUGAGGACCCAAAGGACCACCCAUAUAUAAGCAUCAGAGAGAAGGAAUACAUCACAUCCGCUCUCACCCAGCAGGUCAGCUCAAGUACACCCAUCAAAGUGCCCAUCAAAGCUAUGCUGAAGUCUGCUCCACUCUGGGUCAUUUCCCUCUGUGGUUUUGCUUUUUUCUGGUCAAAUACCUUCCUGAGUAUUUAUACACCAAUAUAUAUUGACUACAAGCUUCAUGUCGAUGUAAAAGAGAAUGGGCUGCUGUCUUCUAUCCCCCAUUUGUUUGCCUGGAUUUUUGCUGUCCUAGCAGGUUAUAUGGCAGACAUCUUCCAGACCAGGAAUACUUUCAGUCUAGUCACCAUCCGGAAACUCUUCACCUCGCUAGGACUUCUCCUGCCUUCCCUCUUCAGCCUCUGCCUGCUUUACCUGAGUUCCAGCUUCUAUAGCACUGUAAUUUUCCUGAUACUUGCUAAUUCAACAGGAAGCUUUGCUAUGGGUGGACUAGUGAUAAAUAUCGUGGAUAUCGCUCCCAGAUAUUAUGGAUUUCUUAGAGGAAUUACAAAUGUAAUUGGACUAACAGGAGGACUCAUUUCUUCCACUGUGAUUGGAAUCAUCCUUAGUGAGGAUGCAGAAUCUCCCUGGCUUAAAAUCUUCCUCCUGAUGAUAGGCAAUAACAUGAUAAGCCUAAUCUUCUACCUUAUAUUUGCUAAAGCAGAAGUUCAAGACUGGGCUAAAGAAAGACAAAACACCUAUCUCUGA